UAUUGGACAAUAUAAUGACAGGAACGCUAGAAGAGGAUAUGUUGGACAUGCUUUUUGAUCCACCUACUACAAUAUCUACUCAUACCAUUCCGGAAUAUCGGAACGAUGAAGACGCGGAAGUACUCAAUAUUGAAACAAAUGAUUUAGAGGGUACGCAUGAAGAACUACUAGAAAUCAAUACUGCGUGCUCGCUACAUGUUACGCCCGAAAAUGGAGUACAGCAACUUGAUAAUUUGAUAAAGACCACACGAAACAUUUUGGAGAUUGAAAGUGACACCGACGAAAACACUGAAGAGGUAAUUUUCGAUCAUCCAGCUCUAACACGACGCAAAAUUGCAGCACAAAAUUUAAAAUCUCAAGCGGACAGGAUGGUAACCAGGGGAAAAGGCAUCCUCCCUCCCUUAAAAGUUGGUGACAAUGUUCUUGUGCCAAUUCCGUCGGUGGAUCGAGGGCGAGGAGAUGCAGCCAACCUUCUUUCAGUUAUAAUAGAAGAAAAUGAUGGCAAAUUUCGUAUUGCGACAAAAGAAGGGAUUCUGAGCACAUGGCUGGAGCGGAACAGUUUGGCUGCUACAAAGUACUGUUCCCUAACAACUACAGACGUUCAAAAUUUAAAUGAAUAUACUUUACGGGAACUCGUUCGAUUAGGGUCAGUAGGAACCGGACAAGGAUAUCGACGUUGUACCUGCCGUACGAAUUGCACAUCAAAAAAGUGCACAUGCAAAAAAAAUGACAUGAUGUGCGUAAUUCGGCGUGCCAUCCCGGCCGUAGUUGUCAAAAUGUAUAGGUAA